AUGCCCUCACCUACACUGGACUUCCACUACCCGCCCCUGUUUUUAGGGCUUAGGAUCGGACUGUUGCAGGGGUCGGUGUCAUUUGAGGAUGUGUCUGUGGCCUUCACCCAGAAGGAGUGGCAGCUGCUGGACCCCAGCCAAAGGCACCUAUACAGGGACAUGAUGCUGGAGAACUACGGGCACCUGGAAGCACUGGGCCUGUGUGUCACAAAACCUGAGCUGAUACGCAGGUUGGAGCAAGGAGAAGAACCAUGGAUCCUAAAGAGGGACCUGCCAAGUUACAGCCACUGGGAAGCCCAGAGAGCCAGUAACACAAAAGAAAGUCAAGAAAAUGAAGACAAAUAUUUGAUACAAGCUCUAUUCAUCAAAAAUAAAACAGUGAAUAAGGACAGAAGUAAAACCUUAAGAGAAAUGGUUGAUUUGGCCAUAGAACCAAAGUUGUACCACACUGAAUCUGAGAGAACUUAUGCAGGAGAGAAGAUCUCUGACUGUAAACAAUUGGAGAAAUCCUUUCAUAAAAAGUCAUGUCUCACUCAACAUCAGAGAACUCUCACAACAGAAGAACCUAGGAAGGAUGAUGAAAGGGAAAGGGCCAGUCAAAGAAUGAACACAAGAGAGAAAAACUGUAAAAGGAAUAAAUGUGAGAAAUCCUUUCUCAAGAACUCAAAGUGUACUCAGCAACAGAGGACAAACUCGGGGAAAAAUCACAAUGAGGGUGAGGGAAGUGGGAAGGUCUUAAGUAAGAAGUCACACUUCAGUGAAAACCAGAGUACCCACAAAGGAGGGAAAGCCUAUGACUGUCGUAAAUGCGGAGAAUGCUUCUGCAAGAAAACAGACCUCAUGCAGCCUCAGAGCGCACACACAGGGAAGAAGCGCUAUCAGUGCAAUGAAUGUGAGAAAUCCUUCUUUGUGAAGUCCAACCUCACAGAACAUCAGAGAACUCACACAGGAGAAAAGCCAUAUGAGUGUAAUGAAUGUGGGAAGUCCUUCUGCCAGAAAUCAGCCCUCACAGUACAUCAGAGAACUCACACAGGAGAGAAACCAUAUAAAUGCAACGAAUGUGGGAAAACCUUCUGUGUGAAAUCCAACCUCACUCAACAUCAAAGGACCCACACAGGAGAGAAACCCUAUAAAUGUAGCGAAUGCUGGAGAUCUUUCUGUGUGAAAUCCAACCUUGUAGUGCAUCAGAGGACUCAUACCGGAGAAAAACCCUACAAAUGUCCUGAGUGUGGGAAAACCUUCUAUGAAAAGUCAGCCCUCACAAAACAUCAGCGAAUUCACACAGGAGAAAAACCCUAUGAAUGUAAUGAAUGUAAAAAAACCUUCAGCCAGAGGUCAGCUCUCACCAAACAUCAACGAAAAACACACAAGAAGAAAACUCCCAUCAACACUGCCCACAUGCAGAAGCCAGUACCAACAAGCCAAACUCAGUGAACACCAGCAAUCAGAGAAACCUGAAUGUUUACACAAGUAGCAAAGUCUUCACUAAAGGCUGUAACUAACAGGAGCUAGAGAAUUACUAUAGGAGUGAAAAUAUGGAAUGCAUUAAAUGUGAAUGCUUUCAACAAGUGUUCAAAAUU